AAUUAAAAUAAAAUUUCAAUUGUGGUCCACAAUCAAACAGCAUAUAUGACUCAUGAACUUAUCAAUAAGGUUGUAAAUCAGUUGGAAAAAACAGUUAAUACUAUGCUUGAAGCAACUGUUUCAAGGCAAAUUCAAGUCCAACUUCAAACAUCUGGAAAACAAGCUUUACAGGAGGCAUUAAAGAGUAGUAUGGAAGCUUCUGUUCUUCCUGCUUUCGAGAUGUCCUGCAAAACCAUGUUUGACCAAAUUGACUCCACAUUUCAAAAAGGAAUGGUUGACCAUACAACAGCAGCUCAUCAGCAAGUUGAAUCUAUACAUUCGCCUUUAGCAUUUGCUUUGAGGGAUACUAUCAAUUCAGCAUCAUCGAUAACUCAAACAUUGACCAGUGAGUUGACCGAUGGUCAACGGAAAUUUGUGGCUCUUGCAGGGUCAAAAUCGGUAAAUCCAUUAUUAAGCCAAACCAGCAACGGGCCUACAAGUGGUUUCCAUGAGAAGGUCUUUUUUUUACCAUGUCAAAAUGUAGCCCAAGGGGUCGACCUUCUUCAUUUUUCCUCCCAGCUAUCUAUCACAUUGGGAUUGAUGAAUAUUGUAAUAAUUGAUUAAUAUUGUGAAAUAAGGGUUAAAUGGUCAUUUAGUCUCAUUAAGACGGUUUACUAGAAAAGAAACAAACCAUAUGUAUCCAACACUUUAUCCUAACAAAUAUUAUUUACUCAUUCAACCACUUUACCCAUAUUCUAAUAUUUGAACUUUUUUAUUUUUAACAGAUGGAAGCACUAGUGGAUCCAACAAAAGAGCUAUCAAGAUUAGUAUACGAGCACAAA